UUGGUUAUUUUAUUUGUUUUAAAUAUCUGAAAUAUUGCCAAACUGGCGAUGUGAACUUUCAUCUUUUAUACAGCUUCCCUCCACACUGUUGUUUUUAUUUUUAAGCGUUUUUGGGGAACGGUGGCAAAAACUUGACACUGCUUCUGCGCAAGCUACUCAACAGGUUGUAGCUAGGCAACCAAGGAGUGAGUGAGCUGUUGCUAGGUAACCAAAGAGAGAGUGAGUUAGUUGAUAUCACCAACCCAGCCUACAUCUCCCAGAAUGCUGUUGGUUCUAGAUGAGAGUUCAGUGAAUAAUUCAUAGAUUGAAUAUUCAGUCAGAAUAUUCAAUCUACAGAAUUGGAUAUUCUACAUAUUGGGAUAGACAUAUUGAUCACAUCUAUUACAAUAUAUAUAUUUACUGAUUUAUUGUCCAGCACUAAGUUUUAGCUAAAGAAUUUAAACAGUGAAUAGUUUUCCUGGGAUUGUAGGAAAGUUUAGUGGAGGAGCAUUUUCUUUUCCUCUGUAGAAAGGGAGAGAUUAGGCUGUGUGUGUGUGUGUGUGUGUGUGUGUGUGUGUGGGUGUGUGCGUGUGUGUGUGUGUGUGUGUGUGUGUGUGUGUCAGCGGCAGGAUGUCGGCUGCAGCUGACUCGCCUCAGAACAGCAGCAGGAGAAGCAGGACCAGACAGUGGAGAUCCGGAGCAGCAGCAGAACCCAAGCCGGACGGAGCCACUUCCACUGCAGCAGGGUUUUAAUCAUGAGUGUGGAUGAAGAUUCACGCUGGCUGGAGUGGGUAACCAAACAGUUUGAGACCAUCGCUGGAGACGACAAAGAAAUCGACAUUGACGAGUUUAAAACUGCGCUCAAAGUCAAAGAGUCUUUCUUUGCCGAGCGUUUCUUUGCUCUGUUCGAUUCGGAUGGCAGCGGAUCUAUCAGUUUAGACGAGCUGCUCAAAGCUCUGAACCUCCUCAUCCACGGCGACGAGACCGACAAGCUGCGCUUCCUGUUCCAGGUCUACGACGUCGACGCAGGCAGCGGUUCGAUCGACCCAGAUGAGCUGAGAACGGUUCUGAAGUCGUGUCUUCAGGAGAGCGCCAUCUCUCUGCCAGAAGAGAAACUGGACGACCUGACGCUGGUUCUGUUCGAGUCCGCCGACAAAGACAGCAGCGGCUCCAUCACCUUCGAAGAACUGAAAGCUGAGCUGGAGAACUUUCCGGAGGUGAUGGAGAAUCUGACCAUCAGCGCCGCUAACUGGCUGAAACCACCGGAUCAGGAGCAGAAGAAGGCUCAGACGCCCCGGUACCUGACCUGGGCCUACUGGCAGAACAACAGCCGGAAGCUCCUGUUCCUGUGCGGCUACGUUCUGCUCAACCUGAUGCUGUUCGUCGGCGCCAUGUUGUACCACCGCAAAGGUGGCGGCUGGUUUAUGCUGGCCAAGGGCUGCGGCCAGUGUCUGAACUUCAACUGCACCUUCGUGAUGGUGUUGAUGCUGCGACGCUGUCUGACGUGGCUCCGGGCCACCUGGGUCGUCAGAGUCCUUCCUCUGGACCAGAACAUCCUGCUGCAUCAGAUGGUCGGCUACGCCAUCCUCUUCUUCACGCUAGUGCACACAGCGGCACAUAUCAUCAACUUUGCCAGGAAGUCGCAAAGCGGGGGGUUCAGUCUGUGGGAGUACCUGCUGACCACCAGGCCGGGGAUCGGCUGGGUGAAGGGGACGUCGUCGCUGACCGGGGUCAUCCUACAGCUGCUGAUCUGUCUCAUGGUGUUCUGCUCCAGCACCUUCGUCCGUCGCAGCGGACACUUCGAGGUGUUCUAUUGGACUCACCUCUCCUACAUCUGGGUCUGGAUCCUCCUCAUCAUUCAUUGUGCAAACUUCUGGAAGUGGUUUGUGGUUCCAGGCUUCGUCUUCCUGCUGGAGAAGAUUGUGGGAAUCGCAGUGUCUCGUAUCGGAGGCCUUUACAUCGUAGAAGUCAACCUGCUGCCGUCCAAGGUGACUCACCUGGUGAUCAGGCGUCCCCAGUUCUUCCAGUUUAAACCUGGAGAUUACAUCUACAUCAACAUCCCAGUGAUUGCCAAGUACGAGUGGCACCCGUUCACCAUCAGCAGCGCCCCCGAGCAGCCAGACACCAUGUGGUUACAUGUGCGCUCCAUGGGCCAGUGGACCAACCGGCUGUACGAAUACUUCAGACAGCCGGAGAGCCAGGCGGUUUGUCCCAAGCAGCUGGCCACCAGUCUGAGGAAGCGGCGCCAGGAGAAGAGGCAGCAGAAGGACCAGAUGUUCCUCUCUUCGGAGUCACAGAAAGCCGUGGCUUCGAACCAGGAUGACACCAUCGAGCUGACGAUGUUCCGGCAGAACGGGUCGCAGUCCGGAGCGGCUUCAGGCCCAGAGACUCUGGUGGAGUUUCCUCCGGAGGAGCCUGGGCUGACAGAGAGAGGAGAGAUCCCACCGCUCAGAGAGGUUUCUGCCAAGUCUGGUGAGAAUCACCGAUUCUGCAACAUAAAGUGUUACGUAGACGGACCGUACGGGACUCCGACCCGGCAGAUCUUCGCCUCGGAACACGCCGUGCUAAUCGGAGCAGGAAUAGGAAUCACACCUUUCGCCUCCAUCCUGCAAAGCAUCAUGUACCGGUACCGCAUGAGGAAGCAUACCUACCCCAACUGUAGCUCCUCAGGGUGUGAAAACGUUAAAGACAGUGACAUGAGGCUGCGUAAAGUCGACUUCAUCUGGAUCAAUAGAGACCAGAAGUCCUUCGAAUGGUUUGUUAGUUUGCUGACUAAGCUGGAGAUGGAGCAGGCCGACGGGGAGCCGGAAGGUCAGUUCCUGGAGAUGCACAUGUACAUGACCUCAGCGCUCAGCAAGAACGACAUGAAGGCCAUCGGCCUGCAGAUGGCGCUCGACCUUCUGGCCAAGAAAGAGGAGAAAGACUCCAUCACAGGCCUGAGGACCAGAACUCAACCAGGCCGACCCGAAUGGGAGAAGGUUUUCCAGAAACUGUCCAAGGAAAACAAAGGAAAAGUUCACGUGUUUUACUGCGGCGCUCCGGCUCUGGCUAAAGUCAUCAAAGCUCAGUGUGAACACUUCGGCUUCAACUUCUACAAGGAAAACUUCUGAGGAUGUCUUUGUUCAUUUGAUUUUAUAUUUCUAUGGGGACAAAACCUGACUGAACAUGAGCUGAAGGAAGCAAACUGCAGUCACACUAAAGAUUUAAGACUUAUUUAGACUUCAAGUUUUAGUUAGAUUUAAUUUUAGGGAUUCAGUUAUGAUGAUUAAAGUCUGCUCUGUAAAUUAAAUGUCGCUAUUUAUAUACCAAAAUAUAAAUCAUAAUUGUUGGAAUUAAAAGUGAUAUUUUUUUCUGUUUUAAAGAAAUCAUAAAAACCAUGAACCAUAAAUCUCAGAGUAAGUCAUUUGUUACAGCUAGUUUUUGUUAAAUUCAAUAAAUGUAUAAAUUACACACAUUGAUUACUUUAAACAUUUCUUUUCCUGGUAUAAUGCCUUGUCUCAUUCCUAGCAAAGCUGCCAUCAUCCCUGUAAGCUACGACACUCUUCCACACUUUUUCCUUCCACCCAACGUUCCACCUCUGUUUGAAUACAUUACAGUAAAGAACAGCUUCUUGAGCAAUAAUCUGUGGUGAUUUACCCUCAUUGUGAAAGUACAUAGCAUAAUUUAGUAAUCUACAAAUAGUUUGAGUAUAUUUUUAUGAAUUUUAUUACUAAAAUAAAGUAACUUUUACUGCUAAUCUAAUUAUUGGAAUUAACCUGGAUCUACCCAUAUGUCUGUUAGUUAAAAUAAACUGUUUUGAUGUUU